UUGGGUCGCUGGCUGGUGCAGAGUUAGUUGUUGGUUCGAGUCUCCCCUCGUUAUCGGGGGUUGGGUGGUGAGCCCUAAGGCCAGGUCCCGAGCUGCCAGUCGGGCCUCACCCAUGCGUCACUGGGGCCUGCUGUGCCGCCAUGCGCCACUGGCCAGGAUGUGCCUGGUGGGGCCUCAGGGACUGGGGUGGCUUCGAGACAGGCCCACGCUGUGGCAGAUCCCACAAGCAGGCAAGAAGGACCGCCCAGCCCUGCUUGCCUUGGCCGAGAGCGACCUCGAUGAGCAGUUUGUGAAGGGGCAUGGCCCUGGGGGCCAAGCCACCAACAAGACCAGCAACUGCGUUGUACUGAAGCAUGUGCCCACGGGCAUCGUGGUAAAGUGCCAUCAGACAAGGUCCGUGGACCAGAACCGAAAACUGGCUCGGAAGAUCCUUCAGGAAAAAGUGGAUAUUUUCUACAAUGGGGAGCACAGCCCCGUCCACCAAGAGAGGCGAGAGGCAGAGCGGAAAAAGCAGGAAAGAAAGAAAAGAGCCAAGGAAGCCUUGGAGAAGAAGAAGCUCUUCAAGGAACUCUGGGACUCCAGUAAGGACCACUGACUGGCAGGCA